AUGGCCUUCCAGGUCCCAACACACGUCCCCCGCCGCAGGACAUCCUAUUCAACCCCUCAGCCACUCACACUCGAUAUCCCCUCCUCCUUGUCGGAACAGCGUGAUGACGACACCGCACAAUGGGUCCUAUUCUCCCCGACCGCUCGGACGCACACGACUUCAACAGAUCGUACGCGUACCGCAGGUCCUUCUCGGCUGAGUGACUUUGGCUCCUUCGCUGCAACCCAGUCUGCAUCUGGCGUUGAGGGCGAGGCCGAUGACGAGAAUGCCCUCGACGACCAACUGGACGAAGAUGGAACCGAACUGGACAGCUUAGACGAUGGACUGCACGCCUUUCGAGCACCAGAGCUGGCUCCAGCUUCCCCAAUACGGUUUGAUCAGGGGCCGCCGGCGAUGCUCCCGGCCCAUGACGGAUUAGGCAGUUUCCAGGCCUCGAGUCAGGCAGUCCAGGAUCAACUGUGGCGGCAUGAGCAAUACAACCCCCAGCGGCCCUCGUAUGGCCAUCUCCGACAUCGCCGUAACUCAAGUGUACAAAGGCAUUUGGAUACCGUCGAGGAGGGCGAGGCGAAUAUCGAGCGAGAGCGGUGGCAGCGAAUCGAAGAAUGGCGCAUGGACCAGAGCCGGGCUCUGUUGCAGGAAAUCGAACGGGAAACCCGACAGAGGCGGGCUAGUCUGACCAGCCGAUCGAGCGUUCAUCGUUCUGGUGAUCACAAUCAACAAACUCAUGUAUCUGAGGUGCUGUCACGGGAUAUAUCACUAUCGAAAGAUGUCUCGGAGGAUGAAGAGUCUUUCUGGCGCCGUAUCACACGAACGGUGAUCCGUGACCUGAUCGGGAUUGAUGAUUCAUUGCUUUCCGUGAUCUUUGGUGAAUCGUUGCCGCUGGACGCGCAACCUCACACCCAGGAAGAUCGACUAGACAUGGAAACAGUACUGGCUCGUGAACCAGAGCCGGAGUAUAGCGACUCACCACUGUGGCGGACAAAGAUGCUUCAGACGAUCGCUCAUGAGCUGGGGAUCCUCGUCCAUCAACUUUGUGAACACCCCGGGGCAUUUACAACAUAUUAUCAAAUGACCAAAGAUAUAUCCGCCGAAUAUGCGGGGAUGUCUCUCAACCGCCUCGCGGAAAGUGGAAUCUCUCAGAGACCCGCAGAGUCCGCUGUAGCCACUGCCGAUACCACUGGCGAGUCCAUUUUGUCGCCGCACUUCAUGCCCACACUUCGAGACUCAAAUCGAGAGCACGAAGCACAAUGGGGGAUUGAAGAUGAUGAUCCAAAGCGAUCUGACCAAAUAUCCGAAUCAGCAAAACUCCAACACGAAGCCGAGUACUGGGAACGUGGACUCGAUGUAAUGAUGGUCUUUCGCUACCUCCGCAACCGCUUUAGCCGCCGAGGUUACAUGCCCAACGAAACGCACACACCAACCCCACCCCGCCGCCCGCAAGAUGCGUCUCGGCGAGCAGCCAUUAUCCGGCAACACCACCCACUCGUGGCGCGAGCCCACUUCAGAUCGCAAACCCGUACCCGUCGCGCAUCACAAUUCCCCGGUGUAUCAAACCCAGCGGGUGUCUCCUCGCCACUCCUACGACCACAUCCCCGGCGACCUGGGUCCAGUUGCGCCAGCCAGAGCGCCAAGCUAUCCGCUAUCUCCAGUCGGCGGACAAUGACAAGCUCUAGCCGGAACUACUGGGAUAUCGGCGGUAGCGAAAGCAACAGCGCCAUUGGUGUUGGAGCUGGGCUCGGUACUUGGGGUGAGGUGUGA